AUGGCUUUAUGCCAAAAAGAGACUAAAUCUGAUUAUAUUUGGAUCUUUUCAAAUUUUAUAAUGCACUUUCAGCGCCCAAAAGUUGUUUUUGCAGAUAGAAACAAUGCUCAAUAUAAAGCUCUUUCAAAAUUAUUUACUACUUCAAAGGUGAUUUUUUGUUUAUGACAUUUACAAAGAAAUGUAAUUUGCUACUUAAACCAGUUUAAUAUCAAUUGGGAAGAGUUUAAGAAUAAUUGAUGAAAUUUAUAUUAUUCUAAAAAUGAUAAAGAUUUUAGUAAGAAAUGAAGGUCAUUGCUGCUUGAAUAUCCUCAAUUAAAAAAUUGUAAUGCAUUCUUAGAGCUGGAAAAAAUUAAAAUCAAAUUGGGUACGAUAUGAUUGUCUUAA